GUACCGCAACAAGGUAUGGGCUCCGUUGGUGGUUACCGGUGAAGGAGAUUGUUUCAGGAAUUUAGGUUUCUGGUCUUGGAUUGAGUACCUACAGUGUUUUUUUCUUCUUCAAAUUGUGGCUGCUAUUUGGAGCGUCCUCCUCUGAAUUGUGAAGGGUGCAAACUACAACCACACACACUCACGAGCUUAAACUAAUUUGGUACGAAUAGCGGCGCAAACUUGAGUGGGUUUUGUGUACUAAAUUGGCUCCAAUUUUAAGCUGCUUGAAAUUGAACGAUGUGGUUUGAAGAAGAAGCGCCUCAGGGAGUCGGUGCCAUGCUCUAUUUUGUACAGGUGCAAUUUGGUGGUUGUGAACGGUACUGAACUUUGGUUUUUCUUAAACAAAUUAAAGGUUAACUUUGCCAGAGUUUACUGUGUUGAAACUAGUUCUAAAAUUUGAACCCUUUGCUUCCCAGAGUCGCCAAAAUGGCACUUCAAUUCAUCCUCUAACAGAAAGAUGGAAAAAAACUAGAGAAAAUGAAAUAAAAUCAUCAAUAAAUCAGAAAAGGAGUAAAACAGAUGCAAAAAAGACCUAUGAUUAUACUAGUAUGUAAAUCACUUCUCUGACGGAUUGUUGUUAAACGUUUCGCUUCAAAGAAUGCAGUCACCUACACUCUCACACCGUUAUCAGUAGAAGGUUAGAAGCUUGUGCAAUGUUUGCAAUGUAAUUCGAACUGUCGAUCGAGCAAGAUGAGGGUGCCGUUCUGGUUUCUGCUGUUGUGCUUCCAGUCAUCUCUUGCUACCGAAAUCAUCUACAAAAACCACUCAUGUGUACCGUCCACGUACUCCAAGAUGUGUAUCCUGGAGAAUUUUCACUACGUUGAGGAAGAAACGCACGUGAUCCAUAGCUUUCCCGCGAACCUUCAUUACGUCCGAAUCACCCGCGAAACUCGAUCCGUUAAAGGUCCGGUAAGGAUCUUCGAUGUCAACGCCAAGUUACACACAAUGCUUGGCCGACCUGCAAUCCUGGAAAUGCAAGGACAUGCCAUGUGGCACUUUGAACUACCUCGAGCACUUCAACAGGGAAUUUUCCCAAAAUUAUACAUCCCGAACUUGACGGUGGAACCCGGGACGGAAUAAACUUGGAAGUGCUGCUCCUAGGCGAUAAUUACAUCAAUAGCAUAGAUCCAACCACGUUCCAGAAUCUCACAAAGCUGAGAAUUCUAAACUUAGGUCACAACUACCUCACCAAGGUCGCCCUGAACAUCUACCCGAAAAGCCUAACCCAGCUGAAUCUGUUCAGCUGCAAAAUCAAGUCCCUCAACUACGGCCAUCUGUACUACCCCGCGAUG